AUGGCUUCUCAGUUUUGUCUACUAGGGCCGUCGGAGCUCCGCCGCCCUAACCUCCCCAAAACCAACCGAACCCUUAUGACAACCUCAGAAUAUCAGGACCCUUCGCUCUCAGACUUAAAGCCAAUUUUAGAGUUUAUCUUCGAGGAUGCGAAUUACGCUGGAAAGCCGGCUGUUCCGGCAGAGAGAAUUUCCAAAUAUAAGCUGGAUGACAGAGGGGAAACGGCUUGGAAGGUUGGCCCUCUCAAAACCCUCAAGCUUAUAUUGAGUCUCAGAGCGGCGGGGAAGCUUGACGAUGAUGGGUUUUACAGAACCCUGUUGUGGGUCCACAAAAACCAUCCUUUAACCCUAGCUUUGAAUCUCAAGGUUUUUGGGGAUUUAGGGUCGUUCAAAGAUGUGCUGGGAAUUCUCCAUAAGGUUUUGGAGGAAUCCAUAUGUGGACAUUAUCUGUGGACUCCAUAUGGGUACUGGUGGACUCCAUAUGGGUACUAUUUUUCAUUCCUUGAAGGGUACGAGCGUUUAGAGAAGGAAGGGUACCCUUGGUCAGGAUACGGGAAGGAAAAAGAGGAGAAAAAUAAAGUUGAAGAGGUAGUUGUAGCAUGGAGAAAAGCAGAUGACAUUUCAAAGGCUAAAAUUGCAGUUGAGAGGUACCAAAAUGACCAAAGGUAUCGAAACUUGCAUUAUCAAGUAGCUGAUUUGUUUGCAGGGUUUUUGAAAUCUGAUCUCAAAUUUUUGGAAUCAGGUGAGAUUGAAAACAUCAGUUUUGCAGCCAAAUUUUGCCCUUCAAUUGGUUCCAAAUAUGAUAGAGAAACCUUGAUAUGUGAAGUCAUUGCAAAGAGAAUUUUCCCACGUGACGAUUAUGAAGAGUACAAAGAUAUUUGGAACCCCAUUAUGGUUACAGGGUUCGUGAUCGUUUGA